AUGGCCUCCAGGACCUUCAGCUUUUUAUUUUCACUGGUGGUAGCGUCAUUUGCCCUUGUCCAAAUAGCAAUGGCAGGAGACCCAAACAUCCUCUCCGACUUCAUACUACCAGCCAACCAAUCGGUUGUGGAUGGUAGCUUCUUCACAUUUACUGGUAUGCGGGUUCUGAUCGGGGCACCUGAACCCACAAGCUUCAAGGUUUUGAAAGCAAGCUUGGCCGAAUUCCCAGCUCUGAAUGGCCAGAGUGUUGCUACUGCUGUGCUUCUAUUCCCAGCUGACGCGGUCAACCCACCUCACACCCAUCCUCGCUCUGCUGAGCUCCUGUACCUCGUUUUUGGUUCACUUCAAGUGGGGUUCGUUGACACAACUAACAAGCUCUAUACCCAGACACUUCAAGCAGGUGAUAUGUUCGUGUUUCCUAAGGGGCUUGUUCACUUCCAGUACAAUAUUGAUUCAAAGAAUUCUGCUGUAGCCGUUUCCGCCUUUGGCAGUGCAAACGCCGGGACUGUUUCAGUGCCCAACAGUGUAUUCACCACCGGCAUUGAUGACAACAUCUUGGCAAAGUCCUUCAAAACAGACGUUGCCACCAUUCAAGCAAUCAAGGCUGGUCUUGCACUCAAGCCCUGA